AUGUGCGGUGAGAAGGGCCAUAUUGCCCGCAACUGCCCGUCCUCCUUCGGUGGUGGCUACAGCGGUGGCGGCGGUGGUGGAGGCUUCGGCGGAGGCUACGGUGGCGGUAGCCAGAAGACUUGCUACUCUUGUGGUGGUAUUGGACACAUGUCACGUGACUGUGUCAACGGCUCCAAGUGCUACAACUGUGGCGAGACCGGCCACUUCUCUCGCGACUGCCCCAAGGGUUCUUCGACCGGAGAAAAGAUCUGCUACAAGUGCCAGCAGCCCGGUCACGUCCAGGCUGAGUGCCCCAAUGCCUAA